AUGACCAAACAUUGUCGUUAUCAUCAAACUGUUGUUAAUCCUAAUGAUGGGAAUAGUGAUGACGACGACUCCUGCAUAAUUGAGGAUGAUGACAGUUAUCCUACGCCUAAUAAGAAGAAACGUAAACUCGAGAAAUCUGGCGUACGAAUAAAUCCAUCGAUCGUUGACUGGUCGAAAAAAAAUCGAAAUCGUACAAAAGAACAUCCAAAACCAUCUACACAAUCGUUUGUUUCAAACACUGUCAAUGAACUGGUACUUGAUCCAAACGAAUACAUUUUUGAAGCAGCCACGUCACCACCAGUAAACAGUUAUGAAGCCUUUGAUUGGACCAAACAGUUAAGUGAUGAUAAUCGAUCAAAAAGAACACGAAAAAAAAAACAGUUUUUAUCUAAAAAUUAUCCACUGUCACCACCGAAAAUCAUUAAUCAUACUCACCAACAACAAAUAUUAGGUAAUUCACAAAUACAAACAUUAUCCAACUUAGUUCAACCAUCAUUACACUCAACGUCCACAAAUGUUAUUCUAGCACCUAGUGGUGAACAUGGAACAAACACAAUUCCACUAGUUCCAAUGCCCGCAUUUAACCAAUAUUUAGAAAAGAAUAAUGAACAUAUCUCUAUAUUGCCACUAAAUCAUAAUCAAACUUCGUCAUCAUCUUCACUCUUCGGCGAUUAUCAUGUACCACAAGAACGGCGUCAGUUGAAAACGUAUUCUGCAUAUACAAUGGCGGCAGCAGCAAAAAAAGUGCAACAAAAAAUACAAGAACCACCAAUUUCAUCUAAAACUACAAACACUCAUAAUCUAAUUACUGAAAGUCAAAAAAAUGUCUUAAAUGGUCAAGGAGUAUUUAGUGCAUUUCAUGAUACACAUUAUUAUCGAUGCAAUAUUUGUACAUAUAAAACAAUUAACAGUUCAUCAUUAUUGCAUCAUUUAUUUACCCAUAUGUUUUUUUGCACUCAAUGUUGUUAUUAUACCUAUUCUCGAUUACAGUAUUAUCAACAUUGUCAUACUGAACACGCUCAAACAACGUUGUCUUUAGAAAAUACAAAUAAAAACAUGUCAAUUACAUACGAUUUUAAUUUGAUGAAUCCAGAAAAUUUUGAUCACUUAUAUGUAACACGUUGCAAUGACGGAACAUUUGCACUAUGUAUGGAUUCAUCGGUUAAUGUCAACGAAGAUGACUGUCAAAUUAUAUCAUCAACAAAGAAACAAUCAAACGAUGGACAAAAAUUAGAAACUAAUCCAACUCCUGUUAAAUCACAAGAUGUAUCGCUGCCUACUUUACCAGCUGAAAUAUGUCACGAUAGUGAUGACGAAUUACGUUUAUUUAAUAAGAAUGCAUCACGAGACAAAACAAUUCAAGAUAUCAAUAUACCUUUGUCGUUUCAACAACAACAAUCACCACGAACAGAUCGACAUCAGCCAAAACAAUCACCACCACCACCACCGCCAGCACCACAAACUGACAAUGAAGAUAUUCUUCUAUUAGACAAUGUCGUUUCACCACCUUCUCCUGUUAAAGAAAAGUUAACACGUGCCUAUGUUUCGAUGAAACAUCGACGAUCGUUUUGCAAUAAACAACAACGAAGUUUACAAUCUCUUACAUUAGAAUAUGCUAUUUGUAAAGAGCAGACAAUAAGACAAAUGUGUCGAACUAAUAAACAAAAAAGACGACGAAAAAAAGUAAUAUUAACAACCACGAAUAAAUUGAAUAAAUUAUUGUUCACGAAUAAGAACAAUGAAAUUGUCUCAUGCAUUAACAAUAUUAUUGAUUCAAUGGUAUAUGAUAAAGAAAGUGAAGUUAUAGAAAAUGUCAGUCAACCUCCAUUUGUCUCUUAUUUACCGAACAAGAUUUUGGCUUCGGUUUUAUCAUCCGAUGAUAUACAGAUAUUAGAUUCGUUAAACUUGAUAAAUAAAUAUGAUUUACAAAUUAAUGAAGAAAAACAAAUUGCAUCUGAACAACCAUUACGUUCAAGUGAUCGACAUGUUUUUAUUUUAUCAUCGCCUAAUAAAAAUAAAAGUGUCGAAUUAUUAUUGUCACCUAAUUCUGCAACAUAUACUCCAUAUUUAUAUACAAAAUUAGCCAAAUUACCCGCUAAUAAGGAUAAUACGGACAAAUUUUUACGUAAAUCAAUAACACAUCCUCUGCAAUCUCAAUUAUCGUUAUCGACAGAGACCAGCACACAUACUACACAUAAAAAGCAACGAAAAAAAAAGAAACCAUCAACCUUUUAUCCUUCUAUGAAACUGCCACAUUUGCCAUCAUUACCUUCGACAAAUCAUUCCAAUUGUGUAGAUACUACACAACGAAACCUUCGAUUAUUACGGACAACAUCAAAAAUAAAAUCACCCACAAGGGAUAACAAUAAUAAUAAAAUUAGAAUAAAUCAUCAAUGUCUUAAUGUCUUAGAAGAACAAGUGAUUAUUCUUGAUUGA